GGAUAAAAAGAUAACGAAACACGGACUCCUGAAGGACAAGGAAAGCAAGGCAAAUCAGCCGCCACGAGUGAGAAGUGAACGUGAGUUGAAGGAACAGUCACGUGACCGCCAAGGAAACAAAUCACAAGAAUCACCGCGCGAGCAAGAGGAACACAGAGGCGCGGCACAGGAAGGCCAGGGAAACAGGGCAGGCAGGGCAAGCAGGAUCGCUAGGGGUCAUCAUGUCCCUGCGUAAGUCCCUCCGUCGCAGCCUACGCUCCAGUCACAAGGUGAAGUCCUCCGACGAGGCCCAAGUGAAGGGGGACGCCGCAGUCCCCGCUAAGGCCUCCACCAAUGAGCGCACAAGGAGGAGCGACGCCUACCUGACCGUGGAUGACGUGGCUGUUCCCUCCGGAGGGGUGACCCUGGAGGCAGCCAAUAGCAGCUUUGAGAGCCAUGAUGACGUGGUCGCCGCGGGGGCCUACCAAAGCUCCGGCAGCGAAGAGGACCUGCCGGGGGAGCGGCAGGACGAGGCAGCCUGCCCGGACAGCGCGCUCUAUGAGUUCAUUUUUCGUGCCUGCGCCCUCAUGGCGCUUGAGAACGAUGAGUUUAAGCAGCUAAUUGAGCAGCAGCAGCCGCCCCCUCCCCCGCCCCCACCCCCGCCCCAUCCCUCACACCAACAGCGGCCUUCACUGGAGGAUAAGAGGGACGAUGAGGAGGAGGAUGACGAUGACGAUGAGGAGGAAGGGGCGGUGCUGGGAGCAGAAGGAGGAAGGAAAAAGAAGAAAAAGGGCUCGUCGGCAGUCUCGGAUGAGGAUGAGGGCGGCGUCAGAAAGAAGCUGAACGAUAUGAGACUCCGGCUGAGUUGGUUGCGUCGCCGGGGAGACUCCCAGGGCAGCGUGAGACCAAUGCCGGAAGAAGUACAAGGAUGGGCUGAGAGUUUCCACAACCUUAUGGCAUCUAAAUCUGCACGUGUUGGAGGGGCGUGGCACUUAACUGGACCUCAGCCCAGGCUCUCCCCCAUCUAUGUAGUGCCAGAUGGACAGGCGCUGUUCAAGGCCUUCCUUCAACGAGAAUUCAGUGAAGAGAACGUGGAAUUUUGGCUUGCCGUCGAGGAUUUCAAGAAGACUCGAGCAGCUAAGAUGCCCUCCAAAGCUUCCAAGAUCCACUCCGACUACGUGGCGGUCCAGGCUCCCAAAGAGAUCAACCUGGACCCUGGCACACGCGCCCAGAUCGCCAAGUCCCUUGACUGCCCCGACAAGUACAUUUUCGACGCAGCGCAGAAGAGGGUUCAGGCGCUCAUGGAAUCUGACGCGUACCUUCGCUUCCUCCAGUCUGAGCUGUACAAGGAACUGCUGCACCCGGACUCCUCGCUCUCUAACCCUGAGGCGUUAUAGGCCCCGAGGACCCGCGUGCUGGCCGGGAGGCCCCCCUCUCUCUUCCUUCCUUGCCCCUCCCUCCCUCCCGCCACUCAAAAGAUGACAUGCUGUGAGAUUGUUGACUUAUGAUGUAUUUAAUAAUUUAUGAUAGAUUUUUGUAUUUAUUACGCGGUGAAGUAUUCUUGUACGGGGAGGCUUUAUGUAAAGUUGACGGAAAAAUCCUGAGACUGCUUUGUGUGAUCCUGAGCUUCCCGGCGCCGUGGUGGGGCGCGCGAUGGCGGCGCAACCAGAGUCCCUCCCCCUGCCCCGCUGGCCGGGCACUGUGCCCCUGUGCGCGUGCCAGGCCAGCCCCUCCCCUUUCCCCCUCGGCUGCCUCGCGGCCACCCUGACUGUGAUACCUCUGCCGGGCCGUCGCCCGCACCGCCUAGUCACGCCGCCUUGCCGCCGCCACCUCCUUUACCAAAGACUUUUAUAAGGAGUAGGAAAGGAGCUUUGAUGUGUAAAAUAUAUGGUAUAUUUUGUAGUGGUUGAGGAUGUUACCUUGUUGUACAAGCCAGACUGUAAAUGCGUAUUUUCCGCAUGACCCAGGGCCGCGCCCUCCACCCGCUGCCCGGCGCCCGUCAACACUUCAUCUCAGUUUCAUGAGAGCCAGUGUCGUGCGUAAUACGCACUCCACCCCAGCGGCGGAGCUCCUGCGGCCCCGCUCGCUUGUCACAGUAUUUAUAUAUUAAGUUAUUUAUAAUACCUUUAGUAGCCCAAGAUGGCCUCUGUAACCCUUCGGGGGAGGCAUGUGGGCGUGAGGGUGGGAGGGGCGGCGAAUCCCGCCGCCCCUCCCCGCCACAACUCUGCCACAUUCCACAGACGGACCCUGACGCCCGUAGAGUAGCGGUACUUAGUCACAUUUUAAUGUAUUCCCCGUGGUGUAGGAAGCCUCAUUCACCUGAGAAAACUCACUCAUUCGCCUCAUUCAUCUCGCCUCCUGCACCCUCCCCACACCCUCACCCUCGCCGGCGGGAGCCCCGCGCCCUGCCUCAUCUAGUCCUCACAUGUACAUAGCAUCCCUCUCCUGUACAAAUCUUGUCAGUUAGCGAUAAGUGACAUAGUCUGCUUAAGUGAUCCAAGUGAAAUAUAUACGGAAAACAAAAAAUA